GUAAUGAUAAAACACACCUUCCAGACAUCUUGUGAUUGUUUUUGAGUCUCUUACAAAUCCCUUAAUGCACUUUCUGUAGUAUUAUGGAUUAUCAUGCAAAAUAUUUUUGACAAUUAGGAAAUGCAAGUGUGUAAUAUAAAAUAUACUGAAAGUGUAUUUCAGCAACAGUAUAAACAAAGAAUAUUAAUUAUACAAUUAGAUUAUUACACUAGUAAAACCUGAAUUUCAUCGCCUUAGUGACAUUUAAUAUCAUAUUACAUGUAUUUUAAACACAUUUAUCUAUAUUUGCCUUGCCUAACAGCUUUUCUGAAGUCAUUCUCAGACCCCAGAACACUGCUUCUGAACAUUAGCACUUACACUUUGACACAUAUCAUACCUUGGGUCAUUUUGUGGUAGUAAACCUAGAUCCAUGCUAGCAUAAGAAUUUGUUUCCAUGGAUUAGAGCAUGGUAUUUAUACCAAAAGUCUGUUUCUCCCCUUCUCUCAGUAUCUGCUUACAUGGGUUAAACUUUUAAUUAAAAAAAAAAAAAAGGAGCUAUGCACCCAGCAUUUUCUGUUUUCUCCCUGUGCACUUCAUGUAUUUGCAUGAGUCUCAGCAGGUUUCUUAGGAAAUGCCACUUCCUAGAGAAAAAAAGGGAAUGCAGAGAAACUCCACACCCUCCUCCUCUCACUCCAGAUCUGGCACCCACUAUUCCUCCGGCUGUUUUUUAGCUAUGUGGCUGACUCUGACAAAGGGAGGGGAAUUCAAAGGGAAUUUUCUACUCAUUGCUUCCACACCUGAAUUUCCACCUACCUCCUUCACUCUGGUGUCAACAAAACUUUCUUGUUUUUCAUUAACUAAUAAGUGCAGCUCCUGGCUUAGGGUGUGUGCUGAGAGUGUGCAUGGACCAUCUACAGCCCUUCCCUUUUCCUCUUCCAGCUCUCCAUACUGGAAGAGGCACUGUAGUGGAAAGCUCCAGUUCUCCUUCUCCAUCAGUAUAAAAUCUGUAUAGUCCCACACAUGUUCCUCCCAUACCUUUUCCCAAUUUCAAUAUACUUACCAUCAGUUACCUUUGAAAUACACACCCAUUUCCACAUACUCUUUCCGAGGAAUAUGCAAGGCAAUGUAAGAGUCCAGAUACCGAAAUUUUAGGCAUAUGGUGUGGUCCUGUUUCUGUUGUACUUGAGCUUGAUGACAAACUUUGAAUGGCUUUAAUCUCACCAUCACAGUUUUGGCCCACUCAGCCAAGCAAAUCAGAGCAAAAAAUAUUCAGACAUGGCUGUGCUGCUGUUUACUGCCAGAGACACGUGGUGCCUGACUUGAGGUCAACAAUUUUCAUAUGUUUCUUCAACUGUUCCUGAAAACUACUCCUAUGCAUGUGGUUUGGGCACACAAAAUAAUAAUGUUUGAAAAUCUUGGGUCACAAUGAUAAGGCAGAAGUACCUUGUUAACAAGAUCAGCAGAUGAGUGAGAAUUUCACUGUUUUACAAAAAGACUUAGGAGCACAAGGAGUUGUUUAAAGCUUAAUAAUGACUGUUGGAUUUCUUUAAGGUGAAAGGGGAAUAAAAAAAGAAAAAUGAUGAUGGAUGAUAGCAUAGUGAAGUAUACAAGUCUAACAUCUUGUUUAGACUUCAGAACUCUUGCAGUAGAAAAAUGCUGUUGAGGGACAUUCAUCAACUGUACUUUCAUCUGAUGUUAGCUGGCAGAAGUCCUAUUCAGAAAUGAUUAGAAUGGCUAAGGAGCCUCUGGUCAGUAUUGCCUUUUCAUCUGGUGACCUAGGGCAAAGUACACAGCAAACUGAGUGUGGCUAUGACAAACCAAGUCUGUUUAAAGGAGGUUUGCUACACUUUUAAGACAAAGUUUAGAAGAAACCUCUCUGAAGUGAGGCAAGGUAAAAUGAGAAGCAAGAAAGCAGAGAAAGCAGGAAAUAGCUCCAUCUGAGCAGAGAAAGACGGUCUCUUUCUACACUAUAAUUUAGUAGGGUGUUUUAAGAAAGUUAGCUCACUCUCACCUGAUGCUUCUGAAAGCUCUUCUCAAAACAGAUUGUACUUUACCAUAGAUUAACUGAAUCAAUUCACACAACCCUCUGAAUCAAUUCACAGCUUCUUUUCUCUAAUGAACAACAUGCACUAAAUUACAGUUUCUCUAGUUUUGACCAGAAUUUGUUAAAUUUCUGAUGGUUUUAGAUACUGUAAAUAUUAGGUUUCACUAGCUAUUAGGUAUCACACACUACACCUUUAAACAUCUGUCAUGGCCUAUUUGCUAUCUAGUCACAGUCAUAAUUUUGCUGUUCUUCAGCAGGCAUGAAGUUGUAAUUAAAAACUACAGGGCUGUUUAAAGGGCUUAGAAAAACUGUACACACCAGGGAUGUCCUCAGGGUCCAGAGCUGAAAUGUAGUUACCAGUCAGAAAUUCAGCACACUAAGGGGGAUAGGACUCCAGCUCUCCAUGUCCACACCACUUCAACUCUGAGCCUUGAUUUAUUCCCUCUACGGCUCCCAACUCAUUCCAAACAAGAAAGCACUGCUUCAGAUAUGCAUUAGCCAGGUAAUUACUCCAACAUUUCUCCAAAUAUUGGCACAGUCAAAUAAAUUAUUAACAGUUGAAUACAUAAGCUUAAUACAAAAUGUCAUCAAAAUCACAGAAGCUUAUUAUGUAUUGAAGGCUGUUUGUGUAUUAAAUAUAUCUGAAAAUUGUGAUAUCUACAAACAUCCUAUUUUUUUGACAGACAGCAUGUGAACAUCAGUCCAUUCUGACAGCAUAUGGGAUCGGGUGUGUGACUGCAUUGCACUUGGGAGCACCAGCACAGCCUCUCAGUUUUUUUACUUAUAAUGCACUGUGAGUAUGCUUAGCACUUUGCAAACACAUGAACGACAAGGCUGCUGCUCCAGGAAACUUGUAUCUGGACUCAUGUACAACACAAAGGCCAACAGUUCAAGUGCUUACAAGAGCAAACGAGUCAGGUCUUCAGGGCAAAGUUGGUUAUUAGAAGGCUUAAGGAAAGAGUUGGGCUUCAAGACAUUUCUUAUACACGCUGAGUUUUCUUCAUAAAAUAAAUAAUAAAGACACAAUUUUUAAUUAAUUUUGAUAUUUCAAGGAUGUCAAAAUUCCUGGGGUUUGUGAAGAUCAUUCACUUGCAUUUUGUUCAUCUUGCACUCAAAUUUGAGAUUUGUAUUGCAAAAAUAACCUGUCAUAAAUAACACUUAUUAGCCGCAACAGCCACUGCUAACGAACAGAAAGAACAAGUGGCAAUGUUUUCAUGCCCUGUCUGGGUUUGCCCUUGGAUAUUCAAUCCCUUUGCUGUUAUCCUCUUGAUUUUAAUAAUGACAUAACUUUGGUGAGUAGAGUAACUCAUAGACUCUUUCUAGGUAGUUAAUAUUUACUGAUACACUUAAAAUGAAACAAUGUCUACUUCUGAAGUGGAAAAAAAAAUCUUCAAAAUCUUUCGGAUAUCUCAAAGCUGAAAAGUGCACAAGCCCACAGCUCUUUUCCAGGACGGAUCUCGAGGGUGCCGGGCUGUUGGGUGUAAGAUUUCUGGGGACCCGAAGCAAUGGCUCCGCUACCGUGUCCCUGAUCUCCGUUUUCUGGAUUUGUUGUAGGACUGUCAGAGUGGGUAAGAUGGACAGACACUGAGGGCCUCACUCGGGGGUGAGGUGCUGAGGUAGUUCCCGGUGCUGUGCGUGCCGCCUUUUUUCCCUAAGGACAAACUCUUCCGGCCGGCCAGUGAGUGCGGUGGGAUAGGACAGGACGGGCUCAUCCUGGAGUCGUCAGCCUGCAUGUCUGAGAUGACUGAAAUCCCGGAGAGAACAUCCCAGAGCCGUGAAUCGAAGCUUCCCGGGGCAGGGUGCCCGCGCAGCCCCUCUCCCACACACGCCUCAAGGGGGUUCCCAGCCCUGCCGCCUCCCACAGCCCACGGCCGGCUCGGUGCUGCUCUCGCUGCCCGGCGGGCACAGGCGGAGGCGCCCCGGGGCCCCGCCGGCGGCAGGGAGCGCCGGUGCCUGGCCGGGCGCCCGCUUCCCGGGACUACGUUUCCCAGGGAUCCGCGGCGCGGCCCCGCCCGCUGUCAGCGAGCGCUGCAGGUUGAUCGCCGCGGCUGCAGAUGAGCGGAGCCCGCGCGGGCGGGGGGGCGGCCGGGGCAGCGCCGCCGGGGCCGGGUCGGCGGCCGGCGCACUAUGCGAGGCCGGGAGGAUGGCGGUGGAAGCUAUCCAUUGCAAUCUGAAUCCAAAUGGUAUUGAUCACCCAGUCCCCACAGAAGGAAUUAAUCUGCAGCUUGAAGGUGAAGGAAUUGAUUCGCCCGCGGUUAAGAACGCUGGUACUCCAAAAGGGCCUGAGUCAAAAGACACACCCAAGAGACAAGUGGAACCAGAAAUAUCUAAGUCUGGGACUGUGAAGCUGACUAAGCCUGUGGCGUUAUGGACCCAGCAGGAUGUCUGCAAAUGGCUGAAGAAACAUUGCCCUAAUCAGUAUCAAAUCUACAGUGAGUCAUUCAAACAGCAUGACAUAACUGGCCGUGCUUUGCUGAGACUUACUGACAAAAAGCUCGAACGAAUGGGCAUUGCCCAGGAAAGCCUGCGACAGCACAUUCUGCAGCAAGUCCUUCAGCUGAAGGUGAGAGAAGAAGUCCGAAACCUCCAGCUGCUUACACAAGGGAGAGGCAGGAGCUCCAAGCUGGGUUCAUCUAAGCUGUGCUGGUGGCUUACAGCACGUCCCCAGCAGAGAGCUCUCCAUAAACAUUUCCAGCCUCUAAAGCUGCUGUCCUGCCACUUGAUAUGAAAGUGAACUUUCCUUCAUGAAAAAAACACAAUAAAUGGCGCUGCCAGAAGAUGACCAUGGAGGAUUGAAGACAAACUUGAAGUAAAAUCAGCCCACUCAGCUGAUACAUUCUGGGGAGACCUGGUUUGCUGUGGUGGUAAUAUGUGGUGCAAAAUAUCCAAAAUAUCUAAUUUGUUGAAAAUGGUCAUUGACAGACCUUUAGCUGGAAAAUUUCUUCCAGUCUUCAUCACUGUGCAUAACUUUUGAGUUCCCUUUAGGGGACUGUCUAUGCCCUUCACUAGAAGUCCUGUUUUAGCAUGGCAACUACUGGAUUCUUUUAUUAUGUAUGCAGAUGGCAUGAUGUUUUAGGAAAAACUUAAAAACAAAUCUCCAAUCUCAGUGGAUAUGUUCACAAUAUUACACCCUGAUAGGAAUGUAAACGUCUUGUAUGUGUUAGUUUUGCAGUCUAAUGAUAUUCUGUUAAACAAUAUCAGCACUUCAUAUGUGCUUUUCUCACAGAACUAGCACAGUCCAUAUAUAUAUAUAUAUAAUGGUCCUUUUUUAAAAUACUGAGGAUAUGUUUCAGUGUUUGUGCUGAGACUGCAUCCAAACUGAAGCCCAGUACUAGCAUCCCUUCACUGAUUCACAGUAGGUUGUGUAGAUAGAUUUGCACGUGGCAGAGAUGUGACUUCUUUUAUCAACACUUAGAGAACAGCUGUCACAGAGGUAGCCAAGAACAGGGUAGUUUGAAUGAGCUGUAGGAUACUGUGUCUGCUCUCCCUCUCACCCGCCAAAUACCAAAAGGUCUCAUUUCUGGUGUGCCAGUGUGUUUUCUAACUCAGAGAGGGAGAGGCAAGGUGGAGAGCCUUUCUCAAACAUGUGUGUGACCCUGGGUUUGGUCUGCAAUAAAACCAGAAUAAACUGGAAGAAUUCAGGUUCUUUAUACUGGCCACCACCUAUGUUUUGGGCAGGGCUGGGAAAUUGUAGUCCAAACCAAACUCUCUAAAAAGGUAAAGUGUAAGACUAUACUUCUAAGGAACAAGACACUCCCUUUGGAGAGGGCAGAUUUCUUCAUUAACUUUUUCCACUUUCUACUCAAAACAGUAUUUUGGUAGGAACUGGGAACAAACAAAUGGUUCCAAUAAGCCUUUCAAUAUACUGUAGCAGGCUCAAGACUGUUGCAUUCAAUCUGAACGUUGCUUUUUGUUCAGUCUCUGAAUGGCUGACCUCAUCACUGGUUGUAUCACAGCUGGCUGUGGUACUGUUUCUUCCAUGGGGACUCAGUGGAAUUAAUGUUUGUCCCUUACAUGAGGACCUUCUCAGCACACUCUUUAUAAUGAGCUGAUGUCAUCAACAUGCCAAGGGGGCUUACCUCUUUGUUCCUUCUUUCUUUAAAAUCAAAGGUAGCUUUUUUGUGUACUUAAAGACUGUCACUCUCUCCAGCCUGAUAAACAGAUUCUGUAGAGUUGCUGUUAGCAUUUAUUCCAAACUCUGGGUGAGACAAUGCUGUGUGAAGUUGCAGUAAUGGAGAGAAUGUGCAGCUAAAGUAAGUCACAGGCACCUUUCUGGAGGAAGUUCCUGUAAUGUAAUUCUUAAAAAUUAUUGUGCAGUUCAUUGCCAGAGAAUGGAAGGUCAACCACUGAGGGUGCCUGUACAAGAAACAGAUUAUUAUCUUCAGGGUUUAAUUUUUUUUAGAUGGUUAUGGGCUUAGGUUUCAGCUCUGCACCCAUCUCAGAUUCAGCUUAGUGGAUACUUCUAUCCAGUAUUCAGUCCAAAAGCAAAUUAUUUUUACUGAUGACAAAGAUUUUCAGAAAUUGCUAGUGAUUUUAAUGGUUUGGGUCUUUCCAUGGAUUCUCAAAUGGAGCUCCCAAGAAUUACAGAGCAGUAAGCUUCUACAUUCUCUUUCUGAAAAUCCUGGUCCCUAAUUUCAAAUUAAUUGGUGUAAAAAUUCUCCUUAAAGCAUACAGAUCUUUGCCAAUUGCAACAUUUGCACUUUUUAGAGCUUUUCAUAGGGUUGCAGGUUGGAAUCUGAUACCAAUAGAGCCAGCCAUGUGCAUGGCACAGGUCCACUGUAAGCUUCAGCAAAUUUUACAGCUCUUUCUGCUACAGGUUUUAAAAAUGCACUCUGACAACUGACAUCAAUUUCAUGUUGGUAAAGCAAUUAAAAACAAAAUACUUUGAUUGAUAUAUUAAAUUAAAAGGAGAAUGCUAUACUUCUACAGUAGGAGUUCUCUUAUUUUACUACCUGGUGGAAAAAAAUCCAGAAUUAUUUGAAUGAUAAAAGAAGAGUUUAUCAGAGAGUGUUAUCUUAAAAGGGUGUAUGAGAAGAAGUUGCGUUAGGCAGAGAGCCACUAGAAGCUUUUUUUGUAUCAAUGUUAGUUUUGAACAUCAUCCAGUAUAUGGGCAUGAAUUUAGAUGUGUGCACUUCUCCUGUUAAAACAGUUUGCUUUAAAAGCUUCCCAGGAUUUUAGCUAUGGUGACCUAGAAAAGCAGUAUUGUAGGCCCUGAGAAAUGUGAAAAUCAAGUCCAGACCCUUGAGUAGCCAGACUCGGAGAGAAGUCUGCUGUAGGUGCCUAUCGGACAAACCUCCCUUGAAGCUGGCGUAGGUCUCCAUCCUGCAGCCAGCCUAUGCAUGUGGAUAACUGCAAGCAUAGCUCCCCCGAGCCCCGUGACACUUCUCACAUGUGUAGCUGUCUGCCAGAGCCGUAAGGAAAUAACUGUACUUUUUGGCUUGUAUUUAACUAUUCAUUGUGUUUGGAUUUUUUUAAUCGCUGUUAUUCUCCCAAAGUAGGCCAUGCUUCCUCAGGGAUAUUUAUGAAAUUGUUCUACAUCUCCUGAACAACUGUCUGGAUCCCAGCGUAUUCUUCUGAAAACUUUUUAAUAUAAAUAAACAUGUGGGAGAGAUUUUUGUUCUUAUGAAUGGGGGCAGGUACUGUGUUCUCGGAAAGGCUGUUGAGUGCAGACAAUCAAGUCUAUUGCAUUUUUUAUGCCGAACACCUUAUUAAUAGCAGACAUAUCCGCUUUUGCCUGGGUUGCAGGAACAGUUCAGGGGAAAGAAUGCUUUAUCUCUAGUCAAUAAAUCAUUUAUGUCGAGAGUGCCAAAGACCAAGUCAACAUGAAAGGGAGCAAAUAAGUUAUUCCAGCAAAGGAAGUGAAUUUAAAUAUGCUCAGAGCCAUUAGUUUGCUGCAAAAGAGUGGAAGACUAAUGCUAUUUUCAUAAAGCAGCCAUUAUCAGCUUGUGGAGAUAGAUAAAUUCAUAAAGGCCAUGCUGCUGUUACACUGAUCACCAGUUUUAUCUCUGAGACAAGGCAGGGUUGUGACCAGGACCCUGGUCCCUGUGCAGACCUGCAGCCUUCCUCCCAGCCCAGAGCCUCCCCCUACUGCUGUGCUCACCUGGUUUCUCUGUGUCCAGGUUGCAGCAUCAGACCCUGCUAAGAAUCCCUGUCAGAAACUCAGCUAUUCCAAGUGCUUUGCACCAUGAGAAAUCCUCCACUAGAAACCUGAAGGAAUUGCUCACCCCAGAGAGCAUGCUGCAGCUGAGAUCAUCCUUUGCACUGUUUUGUUCCUCAUUUUUUUUCAUCUGGGUGUCUUUCUGUGCCUGAACACCUGCCAUUUAUUCUGUAAAGGGAAAGGCAGCCUUCCGGUAGGGGAGUUUGAAAAAGCUCCAAGAGCUCUUUGGUUUUGCUUGUCCAGAUGCAUGAAAAUGCUGUACCAGUGAGUUCACCCCUCCCUGUCUCUUCCUUAGGGUAAGUGUUGUCACUCAACUGCAGCUGCAAUGUCAUUGAGGAAAUGAAACCAUUAAAAAUUACAAAAAUCUGUGUUUGCCCUGAAUUUUCAGAAGGUCUUGUGCCAGACCCUGGCAGACCUCCACUGGCACUAACCCCCUGCAGUCUCCAGAGAUGUGUUGAUUAGUGUCAGCCAAAGGAGCCAGCAUCAAGGUGGCGUUUGUUACUUAUCACUAAAAUGAACCUCCCUCCACCUGCCACAAAGCCAAAAGAUCUGCACUAUUCAAAAUAAAGCAAAGUAAAACCCUGCAUCUUUCACAUUCGUCCCCUUUAACAGGUACCAUCUCUGCCAUCAGAGUCUCCUUGAACAGCUCUGCUGCAGGACUGCAAUUGACCCUGGUAUAUAUAGGCUGUCAAUAAGAUUUUAAUUUAAAAAGAGAAGGUCCUUCGGUAUAAUUAAAAUUGAUGGGUGAGGGGAAAAUAUUACCAGCAUUACCUGCAACCUCCUACAGUAAAAUUCAGGAAAGUAAGCUGGAGUGCAAAAAAACCCACCAACAUAACAUAUGUGUGAUUAGGCAGGCUCAUGAGGAUAAAUCAGCAAGUAAGAAAAGUAGAUGCUUAAUGAAGGAAGUCAAAAAUGUAUGGGAAGUCAAUGGCAAAUAGGUUAGGGCUGGUUACACCAAAGGCUUUACAUAUAUCCUAAUAAAUACCAUCAUAGCAAAACUAAGUGUGAUGUUAGACAGGCCAAGCACAGAGAUUUCUCACACUACAUUGGAAACCCAACAAAUAGUCUUGUUUUGUAUUUGAAAGCAGUGGAAGGAGGGAGUCAGAUUACACAUUAAAAUGUAAUUCGGUAAUAUUAAUCAGUAACUAUCCAAACAUAAUUUUAAAUUUGUAGAACCAUUAACUGAAUCCAAAAGUGAAGGACUCCUCAGAAACAGAAAGCAUAAAGGAAGCUUGAAAUGACAACAAACCCACGAUUGUUCAAAAGAAUGACUGGUUUGAUCCAGAAAACUAUAGACUGAUUAGCUUCCUAUCAGGCAAAAUCAUGGAAAAGUUGAAAAGGCAUAAUCAUUAGAGCAAUUAAAAAUUGAUAAACCCUCCAUAUUAUUUUCAUAGAACUAUAUCAUGCCAAAUAAACUUGCUGUUAUUUUUGUGAUAUCACAGGGUUGUUGAAACAAGAAGCUCUGCUGGAAUACUAUACUUUGCCUCCUAUAGAGCAUUUGAUUCUGAUAAAGAACAAAAUAGCACAAUGCAAAAUCAAUAUCACCCGUAUUAAAUGGAUUAAAAAUGGAUUACAGGCUAGAUCACAAAAAUAGCUGUAAAUAUGAAUUAUCCUCAGUGAGGCUAUUUCUGAUGAGCUCCUCCCAAGGUAUGCUCUAUUUUCAAUAUACCCCCCAGAGAAAGAGAAAAUUACUGUUGGCAACAGCCGGAGAUGACAAAAACAGGGGCACAAUAAAUAAUGAUCUGAGCAGGUCAGUAGUGAAGAAUAACCUGGAAGAUAGAAAAGUUAAAAAUCCAUAGAAGUUAAAAAUCCAGCAGCAAGUCCAAGCUAGAAGCAUGGGGAGUAUGUCUGCAAUAAUACAGUGGCUGUGAAGGUCAUAAAUUAUCUAUUCAGCAUCAGACCCAGAGAUGCUCUUGCCAGCUGGGAUGUAGGACCUGGCAGUAGUGAUGCCAUUUCAGUUUGUUUGGUCACUGUCAGUCUUUCAAAAAUGGUAUCAACAACUAGGAAAGAUUAUUUUCAAUAGUUCCCAGUGUCAGUCAAGGGCAGGAAAACAGUUCUUAUUAUAGUGUCAGACUAAUGAAGCUCAAGCUAUUAAUUUAUCACAGGCAAUUUGAAGAAGUGACUUGAUCUCCAUCUGCAAUCAUAAUCUUCUACCUGGGCAGGGAAGUGCUGUCUGAAGGCAGGUAGCUCAUCUAUUUAGAAGAUAAGGGAAUGAUGUGCUUUACUGGUUAGAAACUGAUUUCAGGCUAGAAAUUAAGUGCAAAUACUUAAAAAGGAGGAUCAUUACCCAUGGAGACAACUUACUCAGUUACCUGGUAUGUUCUUCAUCACAUAAAGUCUUUAAAUGUGUGCAGAGUGUUUUUCUAAGUCAAUAAGCUCUACCUCAAACUGAAAUCCAGGCUCAGUGCAGCAAUUACUGGAUGAAGUUAUUAGGCAUGUGUUAUGCGAGGAUUAGACUAGAUCAUCAGAUGUAAACUUCUGAAUUAAAAAUAUCCUGAAGUUGCCAAUAUUGCAGGAAGGCAGGGCAAUCUAUAUCCUUUUUUUUUUCCCCCCCACAAAAUGGUAUUAAUUUAAACAGCUUCUGUGGAAAUCUGCACAUUUGGUACGAGCAUCAGUAGGGCUGCUCACAGUCGUAAGGUUCUUCUGCACAUAAUUAAAGGAAGAGAACUGGACAAGAAAGGACAACAGAACCCUUCGACAUAUGAAGAGCCUUUCGUUGAUAACAGCCUGGGACAAAAUGCUGCAUGCAAAUGAUGAGGCCAUGUGGAUGUGUAGUCAAAGCAAGGAAUAACACCUGUGGUUUGCCUCUUAAGGAGGUAGCAUCUUGCUGGCAAGAAAUAGAUUUUCAUGCCUGCAACAACUGGCAGAGAAGCUGCAGUUCUGAUUGUAUUGCUGUGCAGCUGAGCACAGUACACAAGUUCCUUGCUUCAAAGAUAGCAAACCUCUGCUCUCAUGACGAGCCCCAUUGGAGCUGGUUAAUAAAGCCCUGGAAGUGAAAUUACAUCAGCAGGAUUACCCAGAGAAAUGACAGCUGCUCCCAGCAGUGUUUUUUUGCCAGAUUGGGUCCUGUUACCAUUGUCUGGUUUGAAUGUUGUACUUCAGAAACAAGCAAAGGAGUACUCGGUGUCUGAUUCAGAAUUCACAAAACCGCUGUCAGUGUGCACAAGGCAAGUGUGAACCAUUGGAGUCAUCUUCCAUGUGCUUCAUCAAGUGGUGGGGGAAGCACAAACUGGGAUGUACAGUCUAAAGAGUAAACAGUUCACACAAACUAUAUAAGCAAUACUUACUGCAGAUUGGUAUUAGACACCUUGCAGCUCUGGAGGGAUGCAUUCUGUGGAAGGCAUGGCUGGGGCCAGCUGGUCAGGGGUGAAGCUGAACUAGCACAUGACUGCAAUAUCUGCUUCUGCCAUGAGAGUAGGACUGACAGCAUUAUCACAGCUCAGGCUCAGACCAGACUCAGUCUAGGAAGGAAAUGAAAAGCUACUUUCUGAUAGUAGUUCCAAAUAUAUCUAAAUAGUUUUUCAGAAAAAAAAAUUCUCUGUAGUUGUUACACCUCUAAUAACAUCCCUCAUAUUAAGCAUUUGCCUUGAAUUUAUCUAUUUAAUAUCAUAAUUCACCAAAUUAAAUAGAAAAACACAGGGGUUUUUUUUAAAGCAAGGAGAUUGGUAUUGCAGCAAAACUGCGUGUAAGCAAUAAGAAGCUGUGCAGGGAAGGGAAAAAAACCUCAAAAUUGUCCCAUCAGAGAGAUGCUAUGGGGAGUUGCUUGGGUUUUUUUCAAUAUUGAGAGAGUGGCUUUACACCUAGGCAGAAGUUUCCUUUUUUGAACCAGGCUUUGAUCUCAAGAUCAGAUAGAUAAAGAAAUGUUUGGAGUCCAUUUAGCAAUUUGUCUGCUUCCCUUAUAUGUAAGAGACUCUUUCUCUGCACUUCUGAGAAAGGUGGAAGAGAGAUUAAGUGACAGUAGAAAAAGCACAGAGGGGCAGGAACUUCCAGCCUAUGCAAAGUGUCUCAGCAUGAGACCCACAUCUCAUCCUCCUCGCCUGAAUCCAACACCACUGACCCAGGGGAGGAAUGGAGCCAUGCCAGGCUAACCCACAGUGUUCUCUCUGAGUGGCUCCUGCAGCCAUGGCAGGAGACAUUUCCUGCCAGGACAAUAUCCUGGCAAUGGGAAUGACCAGCAUUUCCCCAAAGAGGCUGUGUCCUCUGAGGAGGAGACUCCUUUGCUUUGCACUAAGCUGCAGGGAUGCGUGGCAAAGCUGUGUAUUUUUAAAUUUCUCACAGAUAAUGCAGUAUCUGAAAGUAGCAGGGCAGUUCUGUGGGAUAUGCUGGGCUUUGCUUUCAGUUUUUUGUAGGGACUGCAACUACCUGGACCUGCCUUGAAAUUAUUGUUUCUUUUUCAUGGUGUGGGUGUCUUGGUUUGGAAAGACAGGUGUCUGCCAGGGAAAGCCAGAGCCUCCCAUGGAAUGGAGAAUGUAAACUCCCUCCCUCCAAAUUAUUAUAAUUUUGAAAUUAGGGGGCUUUCAGGUAAAGAUAUGGGAAUAGGAAUAACAGGUCUUUACUAGGAAUAUUAAAAAUAAAAAUGUAGUAGUAGAAAAAAAAGCAAAUAAACAAAGAAAGAAAACACUGACAGAGUCAGAAUACAGCCUGACACCCUGUUGGUCAGGGUGUUGAUAGCAGUCAAAUUAAGUCCUCCUGGAGUGAGAGAUGUGGUUCUGUUGGAGCAGAGAGGAUCCUGUAGAAGAGUGUAGUUUCCCUCUGAAGGUCCAGUGGUGGCGAGAUGGAUCCUGUCUUCCUCUGGGAAUCCAGUGGAAACAGGCUGUCCUGGUGUUCUGAAUCUCAGCUUUUAUCCAGGUAGGAAUGCGUGGCUCCUCCCACUGGGUGGAGCAUCUCACAAUGGGAUGAUGUAAUGUUAUCAGUCAUGGGGUGAGCCUCAAUGGCCCAUUAAGAGCAGAUAUCCCCCUGGAGGGAGGGAGGGAGGAUGUCGUGGAAGAGAUAAAGAACAAUGUCCCACCUGGUUUUAACAGCUGGCCCAUUAACAGAAGGCACCCUCCCCCUCCCCCUGGAGUCACAAGGAAUGGGUCAUAGAAGAGAAAAAACACUUCCCCAACCGGUUUCAACAGAUGGUAAUAGAAUACUUUUGGUUACGUCUUGCAUUGCAACCCAAGACACUGGGUAAGAUGGGAGGAAUGCCUGCCUGGCUCUGCACACCACAAACCAGCAAAGGGGGCUCUAAAUUUGGGGUCUUCUGUUUUGGGGAGUUGAAUUUAAGGUUGUUUGAACAUGACUCUGAGGAAAGCAGGCAGUUGACAGCUGGGGUUGCAGUUACACCUGAGUUACCUCCAAAGGUUGCUUCCCAAAAAGGAGCCCAUGGACAGAAUCAGAUACCAGACUGUGCUGGUGCAUCUGCAUCGGCCACUGAUGGUGGAUAUGAGCUGCAGGGAGUGAGAGGGAGGCUGGGAUCAAGGUCCAGGGAGAUCUGGUCACCUGUGCAGGACAGCUGGAUGCAGAAAGGCUAACUGCAAGCCCCUGGCUAUGGUCAAAACAGUCACCUGAAGCCAGCAAGUCAUGUGUGAUCCUGCUGCCUUUGGACUCAGUUCUGGCUUAGAUUCACAAAGGAAAUACUCUAAGCCAGUGAUCUCCUUUUAAUGUUAACUUGGUUGAUAAUCUAGGAAGAUGCCAGCACUCUAAUGCUUAUAAAGUGACACACUGUUAUUCUCAGUACAUCUAUGGCUGAACUUUUUAAUGAUGGAGUGAAAUGAGGUGGCAUGAGACAAAAGUGUGCCUUUUUGUUUGAUGUACACUGCAUUUCCCCAGGCAUCCAAGGUGUUCAGCCACACAGCAGUGCUUUUUUCCCGAAAGAGAAAUUAUCAUGCAAACUAAUUUUUAGUAUACAAAGUGGCCAUCACUUAAUUCCACAUUACAGUUUUUAUAUUAAGUCUUUACUUCUUUCUGUUUUCAAAAAUCAACAAAAAAUAAAGCCCGGGCGGGAGGGAGGAGUUCUUUUAAACAAUAAAAUUAAAACCAGUAUCAAGUUUUUGGUAUCUUUGGGCAUGAUCUCUGGAAGCUUUGGGUAUCUGCUUUAUCAUUUUGUAUAUUUGACAAUUUUGUACUCUGCAUUGUUUGACUUCAUUUGUGCAUGGCAAUGUAUUAAAACAUGGAAUUUUUAUUAUACAGUAAAA